AUGUGGAUAGCGCCCAUAGAGUUGCGUUUUCAGACGGACAAGGUGACGGACCCGGAGUGGCCUUUCCUGAACAGAUUGGCGAGUAUAUGUGUCGAGGCCGAGGUCUACACCUGCACCAACAACGAAUGCGAGAAAAAGAGGAAGACGCUGGAGGGGAUCGUGCCAAAGUGCGAGUGGAAAGGGUUCCGGGAGUGGAUCAUACGCGCUGUGUCUUGCCAAAUGUCCUUCCCGGAGGUGGAGAGGUACGGCCAGACAUUCUUCCACCUCGCGUCCGCCGUGGCCGCCUGCCAGUGGCUCGUGUACGAGUACAAGACGAAGGCGGUCCGGUUCGGGGGGGAAUUCGUUGGGAACGGGGGCAAAGCAUGCUCGAUCGGUGACGUUUUCGCCGUGUUGGACAUGAUCUAUUGGGCGGUCGUGGUGGAGUCGCACACUAUGCACUUGAGCACCGUCCUGACUAUGCCGUGGUCAUCGGACUUCGUGCCAAGCAAGGUGCUCAAGGCUGCGGUGGACCAGGCGUCGGCGUCGGCGGGCGAGCUGGGCAUCUGCCUGAACCGGCUCUGGAACCUCGCGCUGGUCACAGAACGCCGGGAGGCCGAUCUCCCCGCCUUGGUGGGACUCGCCGCCGCUCGACCACGGGAACUCCGCCAUACACUUCGCCAUAAGGGCCACGAGGAUUGUCGGGCGGGGUUCUGCAGGCUAACCUCCGUCGAUAGCACCAAGGUCACGCAGCUCCAUAAAUGCGAAGGGCGGAUCGUGCCCGAGAAAGCGAAGCAAUGCGAAACGGCGAAGCUCUUCUUCGACCGGGAAAAGCUGAACGCUGGGGGCAGCACGGUGUGGUCGAUCAACACAGUCCCGAAGCCGGAAAUCCUGCCGUCUGGAGAGCCGUACAAGUACGUCGCCAUAUCCCACGUCUGGUCGGACGGCACGGGAAUCGGAAUGGGAACGGUUGGAGAAGUAAAUCCGUGCCUCUUCAAGUUCUUCGCCACCCUGAUCGAGACGAUCGACGACGGCUACAGCGACAUCAAGUGGGACCCUUGGGACACCAUCUCUAUCCCCACAGAAGAGCAAGCCAGACGGAAAGCGAUCGACGAAAUGCACUACAACUACCAGGAGGCACAGUACACCCUCGUCAACUUUGAAUGGGCCGACGACGGCAGCCCCUGCGUUGCGCUUGUGCUUUCCGCCUGGCUGACGCGCGGCUGGACGGCCCUCGAGUUCAUCAUGUCCGGAAAGGUCAAGGUCAUAUUCAAACAAGCCGGAGGGGAUCACGGGCUCGUCGUCAAAGACAUGGACGCGGACAUCCUGGCCCGAGACCCAAGCACCUGCUCACGGGCGUACUGGAUCGCGUCCCAAGUCCUCGGCCGGCGGUCGCAGUAUCGGAACUGUUCGGCGCGGCGUCACAGCUGCACGUUGGUUCGACCUGCGUGA